AUGGCGCUCGCCUACAAUCCUCCUGCUAUUCAACAACUUACGCCCUAUCAUUCUCCUGUUCAUCUUACAACCGAUAUGUUCGACAGGGAGCGCGACAAACUCUUUCAAGAUUCAUAUAAUCCUUUCAACAACGGCGCCGUCGGUCGACCCACUGCUCUUGACGAUCAUUUCGAGAUGUCAAGUCACACGCGCACAAUCAAACUUAGCGGAAGGCCAUCUGUCUCAGAGACUCGACUCGCAAGGAACUCCAAGGGUGUGAAGGAGAGUAUCAUCAAAAGGGUUGGCGGCGGUAGGGGUCCUCCUACUACGACGUACAUCCUCGAGAAAACACACGACCAACCAUCUCUCCAACACUUGAACCCACCUAACUCCGCGUCGUCCAUUAGAACUGGCCACGGCGUAGCGCCCGCACCUCUGCCGCCACCCGGAGGUCGGUCACCAUCCCCUCCACCUCCAGGUCAACCUCGUAGUGACCUAGGCUCAUGGAAUAUGGGUCAAGUUCCUCGUGGGCCGCCUGGUCCUCCUUACGGAGUACCUCCCCCACCAGAGAAUGGGAGACAUUUUAGUCCACCUGAUAUUCCACCUGUCGUCCCUCUUCGCCCUGACGGAGGCCGUUAUUCUCCACUCCCUCCUCAUCCCGGUGCUCAGGCUCGUCCUCUGUUCCCACCUCAAGGAGGACCGCCACCGUUCAUUCCUCAAGGUGGUCAACCUCAGGGCGGACCGCCACCGCUCGCUCCUCAAGGUGGGCUACGUCCACCAGGACCACCGCGUCCUCCGACUGCGGGACACGCACCACCUUUGCAUGCAAAUCAGUGGCCCGGGGAUAUUCCUCAUGUUCAGAGGACUGGCUGGAACGAUGAUGCAGACAACAACAACCCAUACCCUGCCCGACAAGUCUAUCCCCAUCUCGAUAAUAGACAGCCCCCCAACAAUGCGGGUCCAUACGUAGGUAAUACAAGAGCCGACCCUACUCCACCUCCCCCACCUCCACCUCAUCCUCCGCCUGGCCUGGGACCAGCUCCGAGGGGGCCUGUAGGUAACGGCCGUGAACGUGUUGGAAGUUUUGCUGGGUCGGGCCCACCUGUUAUACCCCCGCCAAACCGAGCUCAAGGCAUGAACAAUCCAUACCCUCUUCCCCCUGCAGUCAAGGCCUCUGAUCAAGCUAGAAGAGCGCCCUCGCCGCCACCACAGAGACAUAGGGAGGCACAUGAUCGUCAUGCUGAACGAAGGAGGGACCCCAGUCCUGGGCGGAGGCACGAGAGAGAACAUCGAGAUCGUGCUGGGAGAGAACGUACUCGUGAAGUACCGAGGGUCCCUGCGCCGCCUGUUACGACCAAUCCUUGGAGGCAAGCUAGCGACAGAAAUCACUACAAUCCUCGUAAUCCUGAACGUGCGCCGGCCGUCGAGAGCAAUAAACUUAGGAAGAGAAGACCUGAAAGCCAGGAUUGGGGUAGGCAGGAAGGUGGAGGGGCGGAUCGGAGGUGGUGGGGAUUUAGGCAGGCAUAA